AUGGCGGGAAAUGAUUGGAUAAAUAGUUACCUGAAGGCGAUACUGGAUGCUGGGCCUGGGAUUGAUGAUGCUAAAUCGCCACUGUUGCAGGAGAUCGUCAGUGGAUUCGGUUUAGCCCGACUCGAGUGGAGGGAGAGUAGAGAAUGGAGGUUGGUGAGUGAAAUGGACUGGAGAGCCAACACCGUGAAUGGUUGUGCCGGACGAAGUCGUCGACGAUGGAUGGAGGGAGGCGACAGGUUGGAGAGAGGGAAUGGAGGGAGAAAAUUAUGGUGUGUGAUGUUUGGUGAAAUUAAAGGACAUGGAAUUUUUCCAGAAAUGUGGGGAUAUUAA